AUGGGACGCCUGUGUCUGCUCCUGGUGGUCACUCUCUCUCUACUCACCUGCCAGGUUUUGUGCUCCGGAGUCUUUGAGCUGAAGCUGCAGGAGUUUCUCAACAAGAAAGGGGUGACGGGGAACGCCAAUUGUUGCCCGGGAGGCUCGACUCAUUCACAGGGCCACCAGCAGUGCGAAUGCAAGACUUUCUUUCGGAUCUGUCUGAAGCAUUACCAAGCCAGCGUCUCCCCCGAGCCCCCCUGCACCUACGGCGGGGCUGUGACUCCCGUCCUGGGCUCCAACUCCUUCCAGGUUCCGGAGACCAACGCGGAAAGUUUCACCAACCCAGUCCGCUUUAACUUCGGCUUCACAUGGCCGGGGACGUUUUCACUGAUCAUUGAAGCUCUGCACACUGACUCCCUGGACGACCUGACAACAGACAAUCCAGAGCGUCUGAUCAGUAGGAUCACCACUCAGCGUCACCUGACUGUGGGAGAUGAAUGGUCCAAGGACAUGCAGACGGCUGGCAGGACAGAGCUGCGUUAUGCCUACCGCUUCCUGUGUGACGAGCACUACUAUGGGGAUGGAUGCUCUGUCUUCUGUCGGCCCCGAGAUGAUGCCUUCGGACACUUUACUUGUGGCGAGCGUGGAGAGAUCAUAUGCAACUCUGGCUGGAAGGGACAAUACUGCACUGAACCAAUCUGUCUUCCUGGCUGUGAUGAAGAACAUGGCUUCUGUGAUAAACCCGGAGAGUGCAAGUGUCGUGUGGGCUUCAGUGGGCGUUACUGUGAUGACUGUAUCCGUUAUCCAGGCUGCCUCCAUGGCACCUGCCAACAACCUUGGCAGUGCAACUGCCAGGAAGGAUGGGGCGGGCUCUUCUGCAACCAGGAUCUGAACUACUGUACACACCAUAAACCCUGUCUUAAUGGAGCCACCUGUACCAACACCGGCCAGGGCAGCUACACUUGUUCCUGUCUACCUGGAUAUACAGGUGCCAGCUGUGAGGUCCAGGUCAAUGAAUGCUCUGGAAAUCCCUGUCGCAAUGGAGGCAGCUGCACUGACAAUGACAAUGGCUAUAAGUGCACCUGCCCACCUGGUUUCUAUGGCAACAACUGUGAGUUGAGUGCCAAUACCUGUGCAGAUGGGCCUUGUUUCAAUGGUGGCCAGUGUGUCGACAACCCAGAAGGUGGCUACUUCUGUCAGUGCCCAAUGGGAUACGCUGGCUUCAACUGUGAGAAAAAAAUCGACCAUUGUGCAUCCAACCCUUGUUUAAAUGGCGCAGAAUGUGUGGAUCUGGUGAACUCCUACCUCUGUCAAUGUCCUGAUGGAUUUUCAGGUCUGAACUGUGAGGACAGCAGCAGCAGCAUCUCUGGAUACUGCAUGUCCUUCCCUUGUCAGAACGGUGGGACAUGCCAGGAGGGAGUGAACAGCUACACCUGCACCUGCCCUCCAGGUUAUACUGGCAAAAACUGCAGCUCUCCCAUCUCUCGCUGCUCUCACAACCCCUGCCACAAUGGAGCUACCUGCCAUGAGCGUGGUGGCCGCUAUGUGUGCGCCUGUGUGCCUGGCUAUGGCGGUCACAACUGCCAGUUCCUCUUGCCAGAGGUCCCCAGGGGUCAGCCGGUGGUGGAUGGACCGGACAGGCGAUAUUCCCCAGACAAUGAAAUUGCUGAAGAAGAGGGAGAUGAUGACAGUGGAUUCCCCUGGACAGCUGUGUGCGCUGGCGUCUUCCUUGUUCUUGUGAUCCUGAUUGGCUGCUCCGUGCUGGUGGUCUACAUUCGGGUCAAACUGCAUGAGCGGCACAGUCACCACGGUGACAGCGUCCAUAGUGACAGCCACGAGACGAUGAACAACCUGACAACCACCAACAAUUGUCUCCGCAGCGACAAGGAGUUGGGUGCUAUGAUGACAAUGUCAAUUAAAAACACCAAUAAGAAGGCGGAUUACCAUCCAGAGCUCACUGGGUCACUGGGUGGUCUGAGUGGGAUCAGUGGGCUCAAUGGACUCAGCGGAUCAGAAAAGAAUGGUUUUAAGACUCGCUACCCCAGCGUGGAGUAUAACCUGGUCCAUGAGCUCCAGCCAGAGGAGCUGUCGCUGUGUAAAGAGGAGGAGCACGACGAGCCAGAGGUUAAAUGUGAAAUGCUGGAUGAGUCUGCCACAGAGGAAAGAUACAGGCAAAAUAGUGACGCAACAGAAAAGCACCAAGCAGAAGAGUCACUAAGCUGCAGCGAAGCAAAGUAUCAGUCAUCCAGCGAGUUGAACUAUCAUGCAGCAAGUGAUCUCAAAUACCAGUCAACCAGUGACGUCAAAUACCAGUCAACCACUGAUGCUGAAUACCACUGUCCCAGUGACAGUAAGUACCAGAGUACCACCGACACCAAAUACCAGUCCGUCUACGUCAUGUCGGACCAGAAAGAUGAGUGCAUCAUCGCCACAGAGGUAUGA